AGAGAGAGAGAGAGAGAGAGAGAGAGAGCGGAAAGUGAGAGAGAGAUGGCGCCGAAGAAGGAGAGGACGGCUCAGGUGAGCAGGAACCCGAAUCUGAUAAGAGGGAUCGGGAAGUAUUCUCGGUCGAAGAUGUAUCACAAGAGAGGGCUUUGGGCUAUCAAGGCCAAGAACGGCGGCUCUUUCCCUCGCCACGAUAAGAAACCCGCCGCCGAUGUCCCCGCCGUCAAGCCCCCCAAGUUCUACCCUGCCGACGAUGUCAAGAAGCCUCUUAUCAAUAAGCACAAGCCCAAGCCCACCAAGCUCAGGGCAAGCAUUACCCCUGGAACUGUGCUGAUCAUUCUGGCCGGAAGGUUCAAGGGCAAGAGGGUUGUCUUCUUGAAGCAGCUUUCCUCUGGCUUGCUUUUGGUCACUGGGCCAUUCAAGAUUAACGGUGUUCCUCUUAGACGGGUGAACCAAUCUUAUGUUAUUGGAACUUCAACCAAGGUUGACAUCUCCGGUGUUAACGUGGAGAAGUUUGAUGACAAGUACUUUUCCAAGGAGGUUCAAAAGAAGAAAAAGAAGGGAGAAGGCGAAUUCUUCGAAGCAGAGAAGGAGGAGAAAAAUGUACUCCCACAGGACAAGAAAGAUGACCAGAAAAUUGUCGAUACUCCAUUGAUUAAAGCCAUCGAAGGAGUUACAGACUUGAAGACUUACUUGGCUGCAAGGUUUUCUCUCAAGCAAGGAAUGAAGCCACAUGAGCUUGUUUUCUAGAGAAGAAGUUGGAAGUGUUAGGAUUUGCUUUUCUUUCCUACAAUUCUUAAAGUUUUGUUUGAACUGGGUCUCAGUGGUUGUUCUUUAUAAAGUUUUAUUGACAUAUCUAAUCUUUUGGUCAUGCAUUUGAACUUCUAGUUUGUAUGAUUUUCUUGUUGUUCCUUAUUUUUUGUUGUCUUUUGAUAUAGUGCCAAAUGGAUGAUAUGAUCAUGCUGG